AUGUCAAACAACAUAACAACAAACAAUGGAAAUGGAAAUGGAGUCAAUGGAACACCAACGAUGACGUCAACAGUAGUUGAUACACCUGAUAUAAUACUUACAAAGAGUCUAGAGAAGAUACUAUCAGAUUGUCCAAAGAAAUUACAAUCUAUAAAGGAUGACUGUGCUGCCAUACUUGAUACACUCAAACAACAUCCAGCACUCUUCUCAAAGGCUGACCCAAACACCCUGGUCACCAAAUCACCAUGGCUAUCAAUAGUCAGCCAUCUAGCAUCCAUACUCCGUGUCUCCUUCGAGUCACAUCACUCCAAACUGAUCCUAUCAUCAUUGAAACUAGUCGAGAAACUGAUCGCACUUGGAUAUAUAGUGUCAUCGAUGAUCGAUGAGAAUCAUAAGAAUCAUAAGCCACUGAUUGAUAAGUUUGUGGAACCGACAUUGUUGCAUUGUGUCGAUGUCACUGAUGAGAAGACAACGUUGCAGAUCAUAACGUUUGUUCAUACGGUCGCAGCCAAGUUCCACUCAUACACCCUGGUGAUGGCGUUCAAGACGCUGUUCUACAUCUACGUCAAUGCCAAGACGCAGUCCAACCAGCUCAACUCAUCCAAAGCCAUCAUCUCCCAGAUACUCAAUCGUCUCUUCAGUCACUUUGCACCAAACAAACAUCUUCAACAUCAGCUGCAACAGCAGCAGCAACAACAACAACAACAGAUGCAACAACUACCGACCCUCAUCAAGAGUCCGCCACCAAACGAUCCAGUAUCAACUGAAUCAAUCGACAACUCAUUGUCCAUAUCAGACCUCCAAGUACAUGUACAAGUGGUGCCGCCACCAGGCACACCUACACCAUCACCAUCACCAUCACCAUCACCAUCAAUUUCAUCACCAGUCACUGCUGUAACAACAUCAUUACCAUCACCAUUACCAUCACCAUCGCCAUCACCUUCAUUGAAUCCCAACUCAACAACAACAGAGACCUCUGGAUCAACAGAGGAUGAGUCGUCGCCGGCCAUGCAACAACAAAAGAUAGUUCAUCCGACUGUGUCCCAGCCGGCCUCCUCCACAAUCAUGCACAACGUCGUCAAGGAGCAGGACAUUGUCAUUCGCGAUGCCAGCCUCGUCUUCAGGCUGCUAUGCGAGCUCUCGCUCAAGGAGAUCACAGAUUAUGACUCACCAGAGAUCAAGAUUAGGAUAUAUUCAUUGGAGUUGAUAUCAUGUAUAUUGGAGGAGUAUGGCAAGCAUUUGAAGAACUAUCCAGAGUUUGUCAAUUAUGAGAUCAAGGUUGGACUGUUCCCGUCGAUAUUGGCCUCGGGCAUCAUUGGCGACAACAGCGAGAUUGUGAUCUUUAAGCUGUCGUUGACGUUGUUCACGUACUUGACGUUGCACUUUCGCGAGUUCCUCAAGGAUGACAUUGGACAGUACAUGCAAUUGAUCAUCCUGCGCAUAUUGGAGAGUGGCACGAGUGCCGCGCAGCUGCGAUGGAUGGUGCUACAGGUGCUGUCGCACAUGUGCAAGAGUGCCACCAUCCAGGCUGACCUCUUUGUAAACUAUGAUUGUAAUCUACGCUCAAAGAACAUCUUCCAAAGGACUGUUGAGAGUCUGGCGCGAAUAGCACAGGCACCACUACAGGAUACAAACAGACCGAAUGAUAUUAAGGUGAGAAACUUGGCAUUGGACUGCUUGGUACAUUUGCUGCGUGCUUUGGAUGAGGGCCUGUCCAGCAAGAAGGACACGUUGGCUGAGCGACUUGCCGCGUUGCCAAAGGACAGCCCAAGCAUGGCGAGCCGCACACUCAAGCUCAAGAUCGAAGAGACAAAGACCCUGUUCAAGGACUCGCCAAAGAAGGGCAUGGCUCAGUUCAUCAAGUGUGGCGCCGUCGACGAAGACAAGACAAUGAUCGCCAAGUUCCUCUUGGACACGGACAACUUGGACAAGAUGGCAAUUGGCGACUACAUCUCGGAGCGCGAUGAUUUCAAUCAGGGCAUCCUCAAAGCCUACACCACGCUGUUCAACUUUAACGGCUUCACUAUUGACGCGGCUCUGCGCUACUUCUUGCUGCACUUCCGUUUGCCAGGCGAGGCGCAAAAGAUCGAUCGUAUCAUGAGUGCCUUUGCCGCCAAGUUCUACAACGACAAUAGCGCGUCGCCAUCGUUUGAGGUGGCCAACUCGGACGCCGCCUACGUACUGUCAUUCUCGAUCAUCAUGUUGGCGACCGAUCUGCACAAUGUGAGCAUCAAGGUGCACAUGUCAAAGCCCGACUGGCUCAAGAACAACUCGAAGCAGAACAACUCCAAGAACUUUGACGAGCACUACCUGCUGGCCAUCUACGACCGCAUCGCCAAGGAGCCGCUAAAGCUCAAGGAGGAGAGUGGCAUGGCCGCCGGCGUGGACGAGCCGCUGAUCAAGCGCAGUACCUUCACGCUGGAGGACCCCCGCCACCCAAUCAUAGACACACGCACGCAUUAUCAACACGGCAACCUGAUUGAACAUCUUGGCCCUAUGCUCGCGUCAGUGCUCACACCGAUCUCAUCAUGUUUGUACGCGGUGCUGGAUGGCCAUGACGAUGUGAAAAUCGUACAGGUCUGUCUUGAGGGCUACCGAUGCGUCAUCAACAUGACCAGUCUGCUGGCGAUGGCACGCGAGAAGGAGGCGUUCGUCGCAUCGCUCUCCAGUCUGGUGAUCAAUGACAAGACCAAAGAGAUACGCCAGAAGAACAUGGAUUGCCUCGAGAAGCUGUUGCAAAUCGCACGAGCAAACUGCAACCAGCUUCACAAGUCUUGGAGCUCCGUAUUCAAGGCCAUCUCACUGGUGGAGCGACUGCGAGUCGUGCACCUUGGUGUCAACAGCCCGAACCCAGACUCACAGCAGCAUCAACAGAAACGCGCGAUGAGCACUGCCGACUUCUUCCAGAUGAGUAGGCCCGCGCAACGUGCGCCACAGGCUCCGGCUCUGGCCGAGGGUCUGAGUAUUGAUACCGCGUCGGCGCAGUUGGAUAGCGCCAAUCACUUGUUCUCCAACAGCAACCUGUUGUCAUUCGAAGCCAUUCGAUACUUUGUCGAAGCGCUCACAGAGGUGUCAAUGGAGGAGAUAAGGUCGCCGCUGGCGUCCACCUUCUUGCUGCUCAAGCUGGUCGAGGUGGCCGUGUACAACACAAUCAGGAUCAAACUGAUCUGGCCUACGAUCGCCGAGCACUUCAAGACUGUGGGCUCAAUCCACUCUGACAGCCCAUACAUCGCGAUCAUUGCCAUCGACUCGCUCAAACAGAUGGUGCAGAAGUUCCUCAGCGACGAGGUGUGCGUGCAUGGCAACAGCAAUGGCAAGGACACGUGGCAGAAGGAUUUGUUGCGCCCACUCGAGGACAUAUUCAAGGCGAACAGUCAUCGAGAUGUGCGAGAGAUGAUCAUCAAGUGCAUUUUCCAGGUGACCAACGGCAUGAACGCCACGAUCAAGUCGGGCUGGAAGCCCAUCUUUGACAUCUUCACGAUGAGCAGCUAUGCCGAGGAGCACAUUGCAGCACAGGCCUUUGAGUUUGUCGACGAACUCAUACGCGACUUUAAGGACAUCACCGAGACCUUCUUCAUCGAUUAUGUCAACUGUCUCUCGGCCUUUGCCAACUCGAAGCACCACGACCUCAGCACCCGCGCAGUCGACUCUCUCAGUUACUGCGCCGUGCAGCUGGCGAAUGGACGUGUGUGCCAACUCGUGCGUGGCCCAGAGGACAGUGCGACGACACCGUCAAAUCACUCUCCCUCGUCCACGCCCUCCCCAUCUCAAUCGAUGGCACAGUUCACAGACUCUGUGUCACAUAUCUCGUUGUGGUUCCCGCUGCUGACGGGUCUGGCGAGAGUCAUAUCGCAUGAGGACAGCACACUGCGAAUCAAUGCAUUGGACACACUCUUUAGGAUGUUGGCAUUGUUUGGCUCGAUGUUCUCGCCAAAGCUCUGGGAGCUGAUCUUCCGUGGUGUCCUCCUGCCCAUCUUUGACAACGUCGGCUACACAAAGGGCGCGCGCCAAGUCGUCCUGGAGGACAGCAAGUGGCUGAUACAGACUGGCGACCGUGCAUUCCAGUCGCUCACGGACAUGUUCAUCAACUUCAUCGAUAUCGUUUGCUUCCUGCUGGACGACCUUCUCGACCUGUUUGUGCUGUGCAUCCUGCAGAGCAACGAGCUGCUGGCCAAGAUGGCCGGCACAUUCCUUGUCCAGCUUGUCACGAGCAAUGGCAGCAAGUUCUCAGACGCACAGUGGUCGGCCAUCUGCCAACAGUUCCUCCUCAUCUUCCAGAUGAACUCGCCAGUCGAGCUGUUCAACGAGUCUCUUCUCUAUGAGUCGCUGCAACAACAGCAUCAACAACAGCAGUCCAGCUUGUCGAUCUCAAUCUCCAACGCCAACAGCCUUCAGCAAUCGCCCACUCAAUCGUCGCCUGCGUUGAUCAUUGAGUCGACGAGCACGUCCACUUCCACCUCCACGGUUCAGUCGCCCGCGGCCAGUGGCACGCCACAGAGGCAACACAAACGAACAAAGUCUUCAUUCCUCUCGUCCAAGCUAUUCACCAAUCUCAAUCUGAAGCAGUCGUCCAAUCAAACGCCACUCUCAUCCUUGCUCAAUCCGUUUGGAGCGUAUGAGCAAGGAUCACAACAGCAGUCUUCUGUGCCCUCGACUCCACCAUCGAUCACUCCACCCAUCUCAAGGAUUCAAUCAUCAGACAAUGUGUCACAACAGGAGCUCAUGGCACUCAGCAGCGAUGCCCAAGUCCCGUCAUCCGAGUCCCCAUCAGACAGCAACAACAAUAGUGCCAGCAACAGUCUGUCAAACUCUGCUUCCAGACAACACAAGCAACAGCAACAGCAACAGGCGCAGCAACAACAGCAGCCUGAGCUGAGGAUCAUUCAAUCAAAGUGCUCAGUACAGCUACAGAUGGUACAGGCGAUCAAUGACAUUGCAUUGUCUCACUACGACCUACUCAACUCAUCACAAUUGUUGUGUCUUGCAGACUGUCUCGACUCCUCUUACCGGCUAUUCCACCGAGCGUCACACGAAGAGAACCUGCAACCCUUGCUCCAACGUGUUGGAACUGUCCUGAAGAUCCUCCAACAGAACACCGUCACAGGCUACAUGAACCUACUCUUUGUCCUCUAUAAAGAGCAACGAGUUGACGUUGCCACCAGGACAUUACACUCUGAGCAUCGACUAUUCAAACUGUACACACAAUUGAUUGUAUCAUACUUGGAGAGUCCCAAUCAGAUCACAUCGACUGAUACAAUGAUCAAGAUACUGAAGUCACUCAAUCAGUUCAAUGAUGAUAAGUUCAUGCGCAACAUGAGUGUACUCUAUGAACUUCUGCUCAAGCUACUGCCACUCAACGACAAGGAUAUAAGGUGUGCACUUAAGGAUCUCCUUAUAAGGCUUGGUUCUCUAAAAGGAAUGAUGACGAUGAUGAUAUCACAGCCAGCGAAUCCAAAUUCAGUAACACUACCAAAUCAAUCACAGCCGGCUACUGCCACCGUUUCCAAUUAA